AUGAUCCCUCUCUCCAUAUAUCCGAAUGGAACGAGUCUCGCAGGUAAUACCCGGGCCGGGGAGAAGGGCUGUUCAAUUGGAAACUAUCCCCCGUAUGUCGUGAACGCAACGGAGGCUGGUCAUGUGCAGGCUGCGCUGAAGUUUGCACGGCGGUGGAACUUGCGGUUGAAUAUCAAAAACACUGGACAUGGUUUUGAAAGAAGCAUCUGGACUCAUAACCUGAAACAAAUCCAAUUCCAUGAGACGUUCCAGCCUCAGCCAUGCGAGACUCAAACAGGGGUAAACGAAAGUCAAAUGACAGUCACCCUCGGCGCAGGUGUACAAGAUGGAGAGCUAUUUAAAGCAAUGGUGAAGCACAACGCCAUCGCGGAUGUUGGUGUCGUGGGAUGGGCGACGGGUGGUGGCCAUGGCCUGGCCACCGGCAACUAUGGCAUGGGAGCAGACAAUAUCAUCGAGGCCGUCAUGGUAACACCCAGAGGCGAAUUGGUAACGGCCAAUGCUUGUCAGAACAAAGAUCUCUUCUGGGCCAUCCGCGGAGGCGGUGGAGGGACAUUUGGGGUUAUACUAAGUGUUACCUUGAAAGCGUACCCAAUGCCAUCGGUGAUCCUCUAUAGAUUUGUUGCCCGGGCCCACGGGUACUUGGACCUCCUGCAAGAUGCCGGCGUUCAUAAGUACUAUUCGAUGGGUGGAGGAUCCCUGGCACUGCAGGGUGCUUUGCUCCUAUAUGACGCCGAUAAUAGAACAGUGGGGGACCUUCUUGCACCUAUGCGAAAGUUCUUUGAGGCUUCCAAUGAAACAGCUACGUCGAGCCUCACGCCGGUUGCCACAUUGCCAUGGUAUGAACUUGUCAAGAUGAUGCCCGCUAUCGAAUCAGUAGGCACGAAGCAAAGCGCCAGAACAUUGCGGUUCAUCCCACGGAGGGUAGUCAAGAAUGAUAUUGAAUUAUUUGCGGAGACUCUAGAGGCGAUCACCUUGGGGCCUCUGAAUAUGACAACCACAUGGGAUGGAGUCUCGACUCCUUCGAUUUCCGGAACCAUGACCGGUAGCAGGAUGCCCGUUGACAAUGCACUUAACCCUGCCUGGAGAGACGCUGUUGUGCAUAUCAUCACAUCGCAAAGCUGGGACGAAUCCCUACCUACCGCUGUGGCUGACCAGGUAAUUCACAAUAUGACCUGCCAGAAAGGCUAUGCAUUGCGACAGCUUGCGCCUGAUACGGGUGCUUACUUCAAUGAGGCCAACGCAAACGAGCCAAAUUGGCAGUGGUCCUUUUUCGGCUCUGGCUAUGCUAGACUUCAAGCGAUUAAGCAGAAGUAUGAUCCAGAGGGUCUGCUCUAG